AUGGGAGGCAGAAAUGGCACUCUUGUUCAUGAAUAUUGUUCACCAAUACCUGGAACUGAAUCAGAAUUCGAUAGUCCGAUUUACCGUCACCCUGAAUUUAUUGAUGGCUUAGUCCCUUCUGAAGUAUGUUAUGUUAUGUUAUGUUAUGGAUUAAUGUUUAAAGUCUCUUCUUCCAGUAGCGUGUUGGCACAAGCGAAUUGGGUGGACUUCCACCUCUGGUUCCUCUGAGCCCGGGCCGAAACCCCCGGUUUCUCGGUAGUGGGUUUGCCUUUUUGUGUGUCCGCAGACCCUUGCUGGGCACCACCAUUUCCAACUCAGUCCCUUCGCCCGUCUAAGGCCAACUGUACCUACCCUGGCCGGUGUCGCCACAAUAAAGGGCCCUUUAAACCGGAGGGACCGCCGUCUUGCAAGUCUAGCCUGCCUCCCCUUUUUACCAGGUCAUCCCUGAGUAAAAACUCAACGACUUCCGUCGUUCGGGGCAAAGCCAUCAAAAGCAGCCUGAGCAGGGAAAUCACCCUGCUCCAUUUCGGGCACCCACUGGCUAGGGCGCUGCUGGAAAAAGGAUUCACGAUUAACUGCCCAAGGAUCUGGCCACAAAUCAGCGGGUCUGUGCGUUCGCCCAUCGCCUCUGGGCUCCAGAUAUUGCUGGACUUAAUCAUUCCUCCUAAAAACCAUGCCCGGAUAUACAUGGGUUACCGUCACACGAGAGGACGGGUCGGACGUCAUACGCCAUUUUAUGUAUAUUCCCUUCUGAAGUAAAAGGGCAAAAAACUCUUUAUGAUUGCUUCUUACAGUCAGUUGCUGAUUAUCCGAAUAGGCCUUUUUUAGGCUCCAGAAAAUCUGAUAGAAGGCAUGAAUAUCAGUGGAUUACAUAUAGGCAGGCGCAUGAAAGGAUUGAAAAAAUCGCUUCAGGUCUUGAUUUACUGAAUUUAUUUCCCGACGAAAACGGGACUAAAAUUUUAGGAAUUUUGUCAAAAAAUAGAGAAGAAUGAAUUUUGCUAGAAAUUGCUUGCAUGAGUAAAAGGAUUGCAAGUUUCGGGUUUUUUGAUAUGCAGAGAGGAGAGUUUAUUGCGAAUAUGAUAAAGCAAGUAGGAUUAAAAUACAUGUGCUGCAGCUCAAGCAAUUUUUCUAGGCUAAUAAGUCUCAAAGAGGAAGGACAAAUUCCUACACUUGAGCUGAUAAUCCAAUUUGAAGACUUAAAUAAUGAAGAAAGAAAGCACGCUGCAAAUGCUGAUAUAGAAAUUGCCCGAUGAUGGCGCUCAAUGCGUCAUCAUCGGGCAACGCCUUUUCAGGGUCAACUGGAAAAGGGUUCCACGUGUGGAACCCUUUUUAACACGUGGAGAAUCCUCACUUUUACGCGUCAAAAAGGGUUCCACACGUAGAACCCGUUUCCCGUGUGGACCCUUAAAAAACGUUGCCCGAUGAUGACGCUGUGAGUGCCAUCAUCGGGCAAUCAGUAUAUAAGAACAAUCUCAUUUAGAGAAUUAGAAUGUUUAAGCCUUGAAGAAAGAAAACAAGGAAACUCAGCGAAGUCCACCAUUUCUGUAGAGAAUGUGCCAGAAAGAUUUGAGGUUAAGCUGAGCCCGGAUGACAUUUUUACACUAUGCAGCACAAGUGGAACUACAGGGUAUCCUAAAGCUGCAAUUAUUUCGCACAAGAAUAUUGUUUCUUCUAUAGCAAGCGCAAGGGCAUGCGGACUGGGAUUUGACAGGAUUAGCGACACACACAUUUCAUAUAUAUCAAUGGCUCAUCUUAUGGAAAGAUGGCUGUUAUAUUUGGUCGCUUUUAAUGGUGGAAAAGUGGGGUUUGCCUCAGGGGAUUCGACCGAGUUUGCAGAGGAUCUUCAAAUUCUCAAGCCAACCGUCUUGCUUACAGUUCCGAGGAUGAUGCACAGGCUAUAUAUUUUAAUUAAUCAAGAGUUUUCGAAGCAAAGAAAUCUCAAAGGCUUUCUUCUCAGGUCAGCUUUGAAAAGAAAAUUUGAAAAUUAUGACAAGAAUGGGUCAAUUAAGCAUGCAAUAUGAGAUAAAUUGGUACUCAAAGCAGCAAGAAGAAUUUUGGGAGGCAAGAUAAGGGUCCUAUGUACAGGAUCUGCGCCGAUGAACUCAAAAAUCCUCAAAGAGCUCAGGAUCAUAUUAUCUUGCAGCAUUCUUGAAGGCUAUGGACUAGUUGAAGGAUCCAUUGCUUGCUUAUGCUCAAUGCCUGGAGACAAUUCUUUAGGCCACGUCGGCGGUCCAUCUCCAGGAUUAGAAAUGAAAUUAAGCAAAGAAAACCUACCAGAAGAUUUCAAAUUUGAAGAAUACAAAGGCAAGAUAGGAGAGUUGUGCUUGAGAGGUGACUCAGUUUUUGUUGGGUAUUAUAGUGUUGGUCAUUCAAAAGAGCAAGUCAAUAUCAUUGAUAAAUAUGGCUGGCUGCACACUGGCGAUAUUGCUGCAAUCUUACCUGAUAGAAACGCCGUAGCAAUUAUUGAUAGGAAAAUAAAUAUACUUAAGCUUGCUAAUGGAGAAUUUAUAGCUAUCGAAAGGCUUGAAACUAUUUACCAUUCAAGUAGCUUUGUUAAACAAAUUUAUCUGCAUGCUGAGCCGACUGGGAUGAGUAUCGUUGGAAUUGUAGUCCCUGAUGAAAUGUAUAUAAAAGAAAGCUGAGCUCAUGAAAAUCGAGGUUUUGAAAAUAGAAGCUAUGAAGAAAUUUGCAGCUCAGAAGAAUUAAAAACAGCGAUUUUGCUAGAUUUAGCAGAAAUCGCUUCACAAAAAUCUUUAUUGCCUUAUGAGCAAGUAAGCACGAUUUAUAUUGAAAAAACUCCAUGAACGCCUGAAAAUUUUUUGACUGACACUUUAAAAAUGCAAAGAUUCAAGAUAAAGCAACACUAUCAAAAUGUUAUAAAUGAAAUGUUACCAGAAGGCAUCUAUAAAUCACCGAAUCUUGAAAUAAUUAUGAGUAAAUAA